GACAGUUCAAAAUUCUCCAGGUACGUCUCUUAUUUUCUUUCUUACCCAAUAAAUGUUCAAUUGCAUAAAUUUUUUUAAGGUAAAUCUUGCCUUAGCUUGUACCACUUUGCAAUCAGACAGAUUUCAGCCUGGAUCAUGCUCUUUCUACCUACAGUUUACCCCAAUAUCAUUAUACCGCAAGGCCUUGGACUAAAUCAAUAGUUAGAUAACACUCUGGGAAGUUCCUAAUUACAGGCAGUUUCCAUAUCAAGUAGUAUACCUCAUUUAGGAUUUCAUUCCAGUAUUAUACUCUUAAUUCUUUUAAAUUUUUCUUAAUUUGGAAGUUAAGUUCAUUUACUGGGUUCUUAUUAAUUUAAACCCUUCAUUCAAAUAACUAUUAACCGAUUCUGGAUACAUGGUAGAACCUCAAAACAUCUGGUAUUAUUUAAGUCUUUGGAUUAGGGAGAUGGGUAUUGCAUUGAUUUUUGUAUUGAGGUAUGUAGGUAGCUGAUAUGCAUUAUGCAAAUGGAGCAGUCACCAGCUGUGAAGAUGUUUUUCCUUCUCAGUUCCAUUCUUGUUCAGACCUGAACACUUCUGCAUUUCUUAAUCGGAUGAUCCAAUACGAGAAACCUGAUUUCAUUGUAUUUACAGGAGACAACAUCUACGGACCAGAUUCUGCUGAUGCUGCAGAUUCUAUGGAUGCUGCAUUUGCUCCUGCAGUGAAAUCCAAGAUUGCUUGGGCGGCAGUGUUGGGUAAUCAUGACCAGGAAUCAACCAUGACUCGUGAAGAAUUGAUGUCAUAUAUAUCUGUCAUGGAUUAUUCUAUUUCGCAGGUUAAUCCUCUUUGGAACAAUCAUAACACAAGUCAGAGGCAAAGAUUUGGCCAAAUUAAUGGUUUUGGAAACUACAAUAUAGAAGUAAAGGGAGCUUUUGGGUCAGAGUUUGAGAAUGUGAGUAUUUUCAAUCUUUAUUUUUUGGAUAGUGGCGACAGAUCAGUUGUUCCUGGAAUUCCCGGCUAUGGGUGGAUUAAGGAAAGCCAGCUAACCUGGCUCCAAGAUGUUUCUGCAGUGUUACAGGAUGCAAAUAGAGUAGGACCAGAAACACAGAGCAAUCUGGCUCCAGCUCUUGCCUUUUUCCACAUUCCCCUCCCUGAGGUACGGCACUUUAGAGCCUCAGGAAUUGUGGGUGAGAAGCAGGAACAGGUGGGUUGUGCCUCUGUGAACUCAGGUGUCUUGAACACUUUUAUCCAUUCUGGUGAUGUUAAAGCGGCCUUUGUGGGUCAUGAUCACGUUAAUGACUUUUGUGGGAAAACCGAGGGAAUUUGGCUGUGUUAUGGGGGUGGAUUUGGAUAUCAUGCCUAUGGAAAAGCAGGAUGGUCAAGACGAGCAAGAGUGAUCAUGGCUAAUCUUGAAAAGGGUCAAAAGAUGUGGCAGGGUGUCACAGAUAUAAGGACUUGGAAGCGCCUGGAUGAUGAAGAGUUAACUAAAAUUAAUGAACAAUUACUAUGGAGCAAACAGUAACUGAAGGUCCAUUGCUUUUCUUCAAGAUCUGUUUCAUAAGUCUAUUGGUAUUCCUCUGAACAGUGCAACAGUUUGGAAGGAUCUAAUUCUCAGGCUCAAGUUGAUACGUUUCUUCUUUUGCUUGAUAUAGUUUUACAAUGAGACUAUGUAUAGAACUACUGAACAUUUGUUCUUGGAGAGGACUCUAUCUAAAAUGCCUACAUUUUCGCAUGGCCUUAACUAUUUGUACCCCUUGUAUACUGUCCAUUCAGUCUUUUAAAACUGAUAGGAAGCAAUCAAGCUUCAACUGUGAUCCAUCAGCUAUUCCUUUAGAAAGUCAAGCCUUGAAUCAAGUAAUUUUCAAUAGUUAA